CAUGUAUGUUACAAGGUGUUUAUCGGAGUACCGGAAAAACCCGUCGGAACUUAAGAAGCCUCCACCGGAAGGUCCAAACUCUGGCAUACUUGUGAUUCAAGAUGAAGAAUCGUUGACCACUUGUUGCUUUGGUUUUUGCUACGAGACUUUCCUCAGAGGAUUACCGUUUCCGCAGAACGCAGCGUUGACCGUGAGACGCGACGACGGUGGACAGAACAAUACUGUUCAUCGUGAUCCGGUUGUGUUCAUACCUGUUCUUGGUCAACCUCUAUCUUCUAACCGUUAUUACACAUAUGAACGGUGCGGGUAUUACUCGAGAGAAUCAUCUAAUAGUAAUGAAAGAGAGGUGGAGAGAGUCACAUGUUGCUUCUGCAUUAGAUUUAACCAUGUUCAUAUGUAUAAGAAGCCACAGCCAGAUCCUUAUGACAUUCAACAGCAAGUCGUAAUCACAACUACCUCAUCGUAUUUCCGUUGUUACUAUUUCGCAAAGCCCGUUGAUCCUAAUGCGUUACUACCUGCGUUCCUAAUGAGACAAGGCUGGGCAAUAGAAAACUCGACUUCGACCCUACAAGACUUUGGUCUCAUAGAUGACGCAAAGGGUCUUGACGUAGAGCUUCGUUCUAAGCUCCCCGGUCUUGAUAUAAGCGUCGUCGUAGGGAAAUGGUACGUGCCUUUCAUAUUUGUGAAGGAAGGAGACAUAAUAGAGCAAGUGAAGAUAUCAAUGUAUUACAACAUGACGCUUCAUCAAAGGUGGGAAGAGGUUUUCUUGUACGAGAAUGUUGACAAUGAAGAUUGUGUUGAGGUUGUUGUCGACGUUGAUGUCGAAGUUAAAGUGAUUAACGUUGAGGGACAAAAGAUCAAUAUAGAAACAACCAAUGUGGAUGGUAAAGGUUUAGUUUGGUUCCAAAUUAAAGAUCAAGAAGGACAAGACAAGAAGAUAGGUUUAAGGUCAGUGGUUGUGGAGAGGAUUGAAAGCUUAGAGGAGAGUUUUGGGUGGAAGAAGAUAGACGGAAACAGAGCAAAGCUUAAGAGAUUUGAUCGGUUCGAAUGCGGUUCAUCGCAUUGGAAGAGUUAUAAAUGUUAUGUAUUGGUUGAGAGAUUUGAAUUGAAGAGAAUGGAUGAGAGUUUGGUGUUGACGUAUGAGUUUACACAUGCUGAUAAGUUGAGGACUAUUCAAUAUUGACUUGAGCUUCAUUUUUAUUGUUUACACUUGCAUUGAAUUGAUGAGAUCGUAAAAGUGUAAACUCUAUUUAAAACAAACAUAAA